AUGCUAAGGCCUUCAUAUUAAUUCAAGUUCAAUGCUUUAUUAAUGGACAUUACAAGGUUACUAUUAGUAAUUGUGCCUAAUAGGUAUGGGUAAAAUUUCUAGGUAUAAUGUUUUUUUUUUUAUAGAUAUUUAAAUAGAUACUAAUGGUAAUAUUUUAGGCCCCUUUAAUACCUAAAAAUAACUACAUUAAAAAACAUGCUUUAAAGAAUAUAGGUUGGUUCCCUGUAGUGCUGACCUAUUAUGAAGUAAAAAUUGCGACUUUUCAAAUACAAGAAAUAUUUAUAUAAAAUUACAAUAUAAAAUAAGUAAGUCUUCAUUCCAUUUAAACUUUUACUUUUGAAACUAUUUCACCAGUAAACUUUGUAUUUAUUCAUUAAGCAAAGUUUAUUAUUUUAAAUAUGUAAGGAUUAUGGAAAAGGUAAUUCAAUUUAUUGCACAAAUAUAUCAAUAUAUCUAAUUUUCUUAUCAGCUUUUUUUUAUGA